CUCAAAAUCCGUGUCGUCUGUCAUGCAAUGUAGCUCCACAAGACAAAAAUCCGACGGUUCCAAACCUCCAACAUAGCAUACACCAAACCACACCGUAUCACAUCCACCUCCGCAAGAAACAGCCAAAACGUUCAGUCACUGAACAGGCACCCAAAAAGCAGCAGGAUCGGCAGAGGUAGGGGUUACUGGUCAGCACUUCAGCAGCCAAAACAAACCCACACGGCAAACGUACAAGCAAAGCCAGAAACUAAGACAACCCCCCACCCCCCACUUUUCCUUUUUCUUUGAGUUCAAAAUAAAAAGUGGGAUUAGGGUUGUUCUGGGUUACUCUUUUUAUUUUCGGUUCAGGUAAAGAGUUGAGAGAGAGGGGGGGAAAUGGUGAACCCAAGAUGUUAUUUGGACAUAAGUAUAGGAGGAGAACUAGAAGGAAGAAUAGUAGUGGAGUUGUACAAGGAUGUUGUGCCUAAAACUGCUGAAAAUUUCAGGGCUUUGUGUACUGGUGAGAAAGGCAUUGGACCUAGCACUGCUGCUUCCCUGCAUUACAAGGGUGUGCGGUUUCAUCGCAUUAUCAGAGGUUUUAUGAUACAAGGUGGGGAUAUAUCAGCUGGUGAUGGAACUGGAGGAGAAUGCAUUUAUGGCUUGAAAUUUGAAGAUGAAAACUUUGAGUUAAAACAUGAAAGAAAAGGAAUGUUAUCAAUGGCUAAUACGGGGCCUAACACCAAUGGAUCUCAAUUCUUUAUUACAACUACUCGUACCUCUUAUCUUGAUGGAAGACAUGUGGUUUUUGGGAAGGUUAUAAAAGGAAUGGGUGUUGUUCGUUCUAUCGAGCAUGUUGCCACUGAGGAUGGUGAUUACCCCACUCAAGAGGUUAUAAUUGCAGAUUGUGGAGAAAUUCCUGAAGGGGAAGAUGAUGGAAUAUCUAACUUUUUUAAUGAUGGUGAUAUAUAUCCUGAUUGGCCAGCCGACCUUGACAAAAAACCAGAUGAAAUUUCUUGGUGGAUGAAGGCAGUAGAGUCUAUUAAAGCUUUUGGAAAUGAACAAUACAAGAAGCAAGACUAUAAGAUUGCUCUUAGAAAAUAUUGGAAGGCUUUGCGCUACUUGGAUGUCUGCUGGGAGCAGGAGGGCAUUGAUGAAGAGAGGAUCUCCUCUUUGCGGAAGACCAAGUCUCAGAUAUUUACAAAUAGUUCUGCCUGCAAGUUGAAACUAGGUGAUUUAAAAGGAGCACUGUUGGACACAGACUUUGCAAUUCGUGAUGUAGAAGAUAAUGUGAAAGCCUUUUUUCGCCAAGGCCAGGCAUAUAUGGCACUGAAUGACAUAGAUGCUGCAGUUGAGAGCUUUAAAAAGGCACUGAACUUAGAGCCAAAUGAUGGUGGAAUAAAGAAAGAGCUUGCAGCUGCAAGGAAGAAGAUUGCUGAUAGACAAGACCAGGAGAAAAAGGCAUACUCUAGAAUGUUUCAGUAGAUCGUAGCCAAAAUUAUGGUACAGGAACAAGUUUUUUAUUUGCUUUCUUAUUUUCUAUGUUUCACUUUGUCUAGUAAACCGUGAUUUGAUAUGUAGACAGCCUUUUGUCUAGAAGGAUCAAUUUUGGGUUUUCUUGUUUUUUUGCUUACAUUGUCAUGUAUUCAAUGCGUUGGAGUUAUUCUCAUUACAGUCUGUGGUUGGCUUUAGGAAAAAUCAGGUAUGAAUUUUUUUUUUUCUAUGGACUCGUACAUACAUGUCCAUUCUUAUGAUCUUAUGGAGUUUAUUCUGUUGUGCAGGCUUUGGUGUAGGAAAAAACCUGCUAUAUCUCUUUUCAGGAAAUUCUCAAACUUGAAUGAAUGUUAAUGCAGAAUUGUCUUUUCUUCCUUUUGAUUUCUGGUCAAGCAGAUGUGACAAUUUAUUCCCAGCAGAAACUGUAUUUUUGCUUACACGUCUGUUUGAGCUUAUCUGAACAAUCUUUUUAUGCGCAGAAGACAACUUUUUUUAUUUGAUGUAAAAUGGAUACUUUCUUUUUCA